AUGAGAGAUUUCAAUGAAAUUCUUGAUGGAACUGAGAGUUCGAGGUUUGAUAACAUGAGUAGGAUUCCAUGUAAAAUGAGAGAUUUUCAUAGUUUGGUUCUUCAGUCUCAGCUUACUGACAUGGCCUAUCAAGGGCCACAGUAUACAUGGAGUAACAAGAGGGAGGAUGGAGUAAUUUGUAAGAAGCUGGAUAGGGUAUUACUUAAUGAAGAGGCUUUGCAAAGAUUCAGUAAUGCUUAUUCAGUAUUGGAAGCAGGGGGAUGUUCGGAUCACAUGAGGUGCAAAGUUCAAUUGUUUCCUCCAAGUGAGAAGAUCAAAAGACCCUUCAAGUAUAUCAAUGUGAUAGAUUCUCAAAAAAAACUAAAGCAUUUGAAGCCGUUGAUUCGUGAGUUGGGAAGAGACAAGAUGGGUAACUUAACAAUACGAGCAAAUGAGGCUUAUGAACUGUUAUGUGUGAAGCAGAGCAACACAUUAGCAAAGCCGAGUGAAGCUGCUGUCAAAGAGGAGGCAGAAGCAUAUGGUAAAUGGCUAUAUGUUGCAAAUCUGGAAGAAGAAUAUUUAAAGCAGAAAGUGAAGCUACAUUGGCUAGAUAUUGAGAUAAAGCAAGAGGCAGAGAAAUUCUUCUCUGAAUUUCUAAAUCAUAAGCCAGUGACCUAUAAGGGUGCAUAUGAGGAGGAGCUACAGGAGUUGCUAAAAUUUCGUUGCUCUUCAGACGAUUGUAGGAUUCUUGAAGCAGAAGUAACUGAAGAUGAAAUUCAAAAAGUUCUCUUUGCAAUGCCAAACAACAAGUCCCCAGGGCCAGACGGCUAUCCGUGUGAGUUUUUCAAAACAGCUUGGCUGGUUAUAUCUCAGGACUUCAUUACUGCGAAGCUACUUCCGAGAAUCAUAACAGAGACUCAGUCUGCUUUUGUACAAGGUAGACUCCUUAUGGAGAAUGUGCUGCUUGUAUCUGAGCUCGUUAAGGGAUAUCACAAGGAUGUGGUAUCUUCUAGGUGUGUUAUGAAGAUAGAUAUUGCUAAAGCAUUCGGCUCGGUGAAAUGGGAGUUUGUUCUGAAGAGCUUAAGGGCACUGGGUUUCCCGGAGAGGUUUAUCCAUUGGAUUGAGCUAUGUAUUACCAGUCCAUCAUUCUCAGCGCAAGUCAAUGAUAGAGCAGUGGUUGAUAAGAAGUUCAAGCUACAUCCGAGAUGCAAAAAUCUUUCUAUAACGCACCUUUGCUUUGCAUACUUCGUAGAAGGAGUACCAGAGUCUGAGAAGAGUAGUAUCCUAACUAAUUUCCCGUUUGCUGAGGGCGAGCUUCCAGUGAGGUAUUUGGGGCUUCCUCUCAUGACCCAAGUGAUGAGGAAGCAAGACUAUCUUCCUCUACUAGAAAAUAUCAAAAUAUUUCAUCUCCCAAGCGCUUGUAUUAAGGAGGUGGAGAAAUUAUGUGCAGCAUUUCUUUGGACAGGGCCAACUCUUAAGUCUUCAAGUGCCAAGGUAGCGUGGAGAGACGUCUGUAGUAUGAAGAGUGAAGGUGGUCUGGGAUUAAGAGAUCUAAAAGAAGUUAAUAAGGUAUAUGGGCUUAAGUUGACCUGGAGAAUGUUAUCUGGAGACUCGCUGUGGGGUAAGUGGAUCAAAGCUAAUUUGCUGAAAAGGAAAAGUUUCUGGGAAGUAAACAUCAAAACGCAAAAUGGAUCUUGGAUGUGGCGUAAAAUGUUGAAACUAAGAGAAGUAGCAAAGGUAUUUCACAAGAAAGAGCUGGGAAAUGGAAGGCACAUAUCUUUCUGGUUUGAUAACUGGUCGAAUAAGGGAGCUCUCUUUGAUUUAGUAGGCCCUUGA